AUGGUGAUGAAAACCUUGCUGCAGGGGCGUAAGCUGUUGGACGCAAAGAACAGGGUGAUAAUCACAGGCAAGAACUACAUAUGCUUCCAAAGGAGCGCGCUUCGAGACAAUGUAGUGAAGAAGGAGACCCCGAAAUUUGAGCAGAAGCCUUUGGGGUCGUACCCAGUCCCCCCCGAAGCUGAGAUGAUGUGGAGAAAUAGACAUACGGCCUAUGGUGGGUACAUUCAACAAACCGUCUCUCCCUUCCAACAGAAAAUUAUGUACCCGUUUUGGCACAUGGCCUUGGCCAGAUGGUGGGCCAAAUUUUCAUCCUAUGUCUGGUGGUGGAUAUGGCCCUUUGCAAUAACGAAUUUGAUUUUGUGGAAAAUGUUUCGAGAUGCGAAGAAAUAUGUCGAGCAGAAGCAUUGGUACUGA